AUGCCUACCAAGAUUAGAAGUGGAGCCUCUGGAAAAUCUCCUCUGGAGACAACUUCUUCAUCUGUCAUAUCAGCUCCUGUGAAGAAACUCAGGAAGAUGAUUCUACCAGCUGAAGAGACAGUGGAUGCUAUAGAGUCUCAAGCCCCAAUAGCUAAUAUGGGAAUAGAGACAAAUGUUGAAGCUUCUAAUGCUACAGAAGCCGUAAACUCAAGUAUUAUUCUGGAUCUUAUCUUUGAUUUUGUUCUAGAUUCUUCCUAUCCUCAAUUUGUAACCCAUAUACCAACCCUUCAUCAAUCACCUACACAUUCUUCUGAACAUACACCCUCACCCAAACUUGACAUAGUUUUACCCUUAGAAUUUGUCAUGUCUUCCCCUCAACUAAUCUCUAACUCUGAUUAUGAUGAAUCAGACUUCUAA